AUGAAUUUGAUUGAGAUAAAUUUGAUACAAAUAGAAAUAUUAAUUCUUACUUAUCUUAAUGUUGCAAGUAGUUAAGAAAUAUAUUUUUAUCCAUUAUUGUUCAUUUAAGAAAAUCAUGAAUCGUAAAUUCAUAACUAAUUUCUAAAUUUGUUUUAAUCAGUUACAAAUUUACUUUUAAGUCAAGAUAUAAAUUUAAAUUAAGAAAAAUAAGUUGAAAAUAAUCAGUUUUACGAAUUUGAUUCAUCUUAUUUUAUAGGAAAUGAUUGUCUUAAUAAUUUUAGAUGUUCUUUAAAAUUCUAGAUAUUUUUAUAAUGCUAUUCAAGAAUUUUCUUAAGAAUUUAAUAAUUAUUACAAAAGCUUUUACAUUCGAUGGGUUCAAAGCCAUGCUGUUGUGAAUCUCCCAAAAACUAAUUUUCAGAAAUCAACAUCAUAAUUCAAUAAAUUAGCCAAGAAGUAAGGUUACCCACUAAGAAUCCUCCAUAAAAACCUGUGCCAUUGUAAAUGAUGAAAUCCCUUAAACAAGAGGACGAUUUUGGAUUUUUUUUGGUUAUGGAACAAUACGAACGUUUGUUGCGAAAAAAAAAUCAUAGAAUUAGGUCUGCCUCACCUAAUUAGUAAAUUUAAACAGAAACAAAAGAGUUUACAACCACAUAAAAUUUAAAAAAACACUAAGGAAAGCUUGAUUACUAAAAAUCAAGAUCAUUCUCUAAUACAAAGAUAUCAACAUCCAGUUAAAAAUCGACUAUUAAAAGUAUAUUAAAAAAAAGGUCAACCCAAAAUUAAAUAUCAUACAAACAAGAAAAGUCGUUCACUCAUAGAUCGUUUAAAUUUGUGCAUUUUGACCAAGCCGUGAGUUCUAAAAAUGCUAUAUUUUUAAGAGCCUACAACUGA